CGUUAGGUCAGAGGUUGGACUCGAUGAUCUUGAGGUCUCUUCCAACCUAGAAAUUCUGUGAUUCUGUAAUAAAAAUAUGGACAGUGAAAACGUCACGGCUUUGUCCGGCUUCAUCCUCUUGGGAUUCUCUGAUGUUCCAGAGCUACAAACACCCAUGUUCAUUAUUUUCUUGUCAUUGUACACGUUAUUGGUGAUGGGGAACCUGAUGCUGAUGCUGCUGAUCAACACUGACCCCCAGCUGUACACGCCCAUGUAUUUCUUCCUGACGCACUUGUCCUUCAUGGACUUCUGCCUUUCCUCUGCUGUCAUCCCCAAAGCCCUGGAGACCUUCCUGUUUGGGACAAGCAACAUCUCUUUUGUGGGCUGCUUUGCCCAGAUGCAUGUUUUCCUCAUGCUUGUCAUCUGUGAGUGCUUUCUCUUGGGGGUGAUGGCUUACGACCGGUAUGCGGCCGUGUGCCAGCCACUGCACUACACCGCCCUCAUGUCCCGGGCACGUUGCUACAGGAUGACCAUGCUGGUGUACGCCACAGGCUUCCUAACCUCGCUGGUACACACGGUGCUGGCGGGGAGGUUGGCUUUCUGCCGGGCGAGGAGCAUUGACCACUUCUUCUGCGAGCUGCCUGCCCUCCUGCACCUCUCCUGCUCCAGCACCCGCCCCAACCACAUCCUGCAGGUCUGCAGUGCUGAGCUCAACAUCUUGGGCUCCAUCCUGGUGAUCCUGGCAUCCUACACCUGCAUCCUCUACACAGUCCUGCGGAUGCCUUCUGCAGGGACGCGGAUGAAGGUGUUCUCCACCUGCACCUCCCACCUGGCUGCCGUCACCAUCUUCUACGUGCCGGGGCUGGUCACCUACAUGCUGCCCAGCAAAGCCAGACCACAGGGCGAAGAGAAACUGGUUUCUGUCUUCUACACUGCAGUGACCCCCUUGCUCAACCCCCUGGUCUACAGCCUGAGGAACAGGGAGGUGAAGGGGGCUCUGAGGAGGCUGUGGGGCCAAAGGCUGUUCCCACAUGUGCACUGACUUUGAAGCCGCAUUGGGAGCUCUGCAGCGCUUUGGUGGUAAUGAAGGAACAUUCAUGGCAUUAUUGUUGAGCUUACGGACAGGGAGAUCACACAGCAAUAACAGGUACAGAGUACCACACAGCAAAUCAUCCACUUCAAACAAUCACGAUGCAUUUUAAUCAUGGCAUGAGCCUUCAAUAGUCCGUCAGAAUAAUUGUCAGCGCUUGCGCAGCAAAAACAACAUGGUACCCUGAUGUUUUGUGUAUAGGUCAUGCUAAAUGAAAAUGUGGCCAGAUAAAGGGAUGCUCAUAUUGGAAGUGAAGACUUUCUGAUGUUUUCUUUUCCUGAUUAGCAAGUUUUUAUGCCCAAACUGCAGAUGUGCAAAUGAGCUGGAAGAGCUGAGGGUGUGUUUACGUCAGUGAUGUGUGGAGAUGGGCAGCUUGCUCCAGGCUCUGAUUUUCUCUAGGAGCUUUUUGCUUGGACAGCACCUAGUUAACAAAUUGCAUUUUGCAGGAAGGUCUCGGGUCUUUCCCUCCUUGGGGGCUGCCCCAGUGACCACAGCACAGGUCUUUGCUCCUGCCUGUGCCCUGCGGAGCCCCCCCAUGGAAAGCUGCCAGGGACAUCAUGAGACCAUGGGCAUCCAGGUCAAGGUAAAGACGUGGACUAAAGUGCAGAUUUUCCCUGCUGUAUAGAAGAAAAAUCAGAAACCACAAAGCCAUGGCAUUGGCUCAGGGGAAUUGUAUCUGUACUAACAACUUGCCAUGGGCACAUGUAGAUUAAUUAGAACAUUGCCAGAAGCACGUCCCAAUCAAAAUCUUCACAUAGAUCUUCUUGGGAUGUGUUUUUGUUUGUUUGUUUGUUUUGUUUUUACAUCUACUUAUCUUUUCUUUUUGGAUAAUUAGAGGCUCAAAUUCUUUGUGUGGCAAUCUCUGAACAACACCUGACAGAAUUAUGUCUCUUCUGCAGGGUGCAGCAUGACUGGGGUGAAAGGUGUUCUAGAGAGAACAGUAGGCAGAAAGAUUUUUUUAACGUUUAAUCAAGACAUGCCCUAUAUGUUCAAUGAACUAUACAA